AUGAGUUCGCAGUACCUGCAAGGGACGUCAACUGCUCCAAACCAGGAUGGUUUUUCCCGGAGUGUAACAUCUCCGUUUGUUAAAGAGCUGCUGGAUUACGAAAUACCAAACACUGCGAAGCUCCCGACGCUUAAAACGUACAAUGGAACCACCGACCCAGAUAGCCACAUUGAUACAUAUGAAUGGACGAUGACGUCGUUAAAACUUAACGAGAAGUUUUGGUGCACAUACUUCCCGACGACGCUCAAUGGCAACGCCGACACAUGGUUCAAAACGCUACAAUCGAGCAACAUUUCAAACUUCGCUCAGCUCAAAUACCUCUUCCUCACCAACUUCAUGCAACUAUGUAAAUACAAAGGUGAUUCUCAUUCAAUUAUAGGCGGCAAACAAAGGGAGGGGGAGACUGUUCGAAAAUACUUUACAAGGUUCAUAAACGCUACGCUGGAUGUACCGGGGCAUGACGAAGGGCUCAUCGCUGGUGCUUUCACAUGGGGACUCCUGCCUGGACCCCUCUCGCAAAAACUCAUGGGAAAGAAGCCUCUAACACGAGCUGAGUUGAAAGAAAGAGUGGAGCGGUACCUACGACAGGAAGAGGGUGAGGCAGCCAAGCAGGCCUACUUGAAGGCUAUGGCGACUAGACAUCACCACCCGACCCAUACGGACUUCCGAGGGGGAGGAAGACACUAUGGCCAAGCAAGAAGACCAUCACCGCGUUUCCGACCAUUUAUUAAAGACGACAGACGGGGUCGCCGCCCAGAAGUAUACGCAGUGUCUGAGAAACAGCAGCCGGCCAACUCGUCUAAGAGUCGGUACUGUGAGUACCACAAAAGCAAAACGCAUGAUACAGCUAUCUGUUCGGUGCUAAAGAAGGAGAUGGAGGAGAAACAACUUAAGGGAGACCUGGUGGAGGUGGCGCGAAGCCUACGCUCCAAAUUCGAUGCUGAGAACGCCAAGGGUCCAUCCCGCGAAGGAAUUCAGCCCAAGGAGAUAUUCAUGAUACGUAACAAAAGAAGUAGGGAGGAACAACGAGGAGAGCAAAUCAUUGUUAAACCGCCAGCACGCGCGCUCACGUUCUCCAUACAGGAUCUUCGGCCAGACGGUUGGAAGGGCGACAACCCUCUGAUAAUACAGGCAUCCAUCAAAGACGUGACUAUCCAUAGGGUCUAUGUUGACACCGGGAGCUCAACAGACAUCAUAUAUGAGCACUGCUUUCGGUUUCUCCCGGAUCGCUUGAAAGACAAUUUGUGA